ACUGAAAGAGAAAGGAGCAUCUCUCACUCUCCUCCAGAUUCGUCUCCCUCUCCCCUCCCCCUAGCUUCCUCUCCUCCGGCUCCGGCCGCUCGCUCGCUCGCGCGCCCGACCGCCGUUCCCGUCGGCUAGCUUAGGUCGUAUCCCCUCCGCGGGACCGCCCUUUUCCUGACGCCUCCCGCCGGCUCCCUUUUCGGUGGACGCCUUGAGGUGGGUGGGUGGGUGGAUUCUUGGUCCGGGCAGCGCGGCGGCGUGUGAUCUCUGCUUGCUAAAGGAGGGACUUUUAGCGCGUUUUGUGGGGGAGGAAGACGGAGGCUGCGAGGUGUUCAUGGGUUAGAUCUGGCGGUGUGGCGCCGCGGAUCUGAGCGAGGUUUUGGUGGAGGGAUCGGGGCCGAUAGGUCGCCGUCUUGGUCUCAUUUUGAUUAGCUUGGGCCUCUCAUGCCCAAAUCGGGUAUGGAUGACGGAUGCGGUAACUGUCGGAAGGAGCGUCGGUUGCAGAUCUGAAAGCCAUCGAGUUCCCUUCUUCAGUUGACCUGCUUGCUGGCCGGCGGAAUGGAGUGAAUGGCUUUGCUUUCUGCUGUUUGACUGCCAAUAGUUGCAUCUUGGUGUUUGUUCUAGAAAUUUAGCAGGAGGCGAUGUGCCCAGGAGACACUUGUGACUUGGUCUGCGUUGAGUAACCCGGAAGCCAGAAGGAAGCAGAUCACAUUCCUGUGUUGUUGAUUUCUUGGCCUUUCUUGAAUAACCUGGAGGCUGGAAGGGAUCAGAUCCAGUUCCUGUGGCCCUGGUAAUAAGGUGCUGUUGGGGGAAGGCACCAUGACCUACUUCCCUGAGGAGGUGGUGGAGCACAUAUUCAGCUUCUUGCCAUCGCAUAGUGACCGGAACACAGUCUCCCUAGUGUGCAAGGUUUGGUAUCAGAUCGAGAGGUUGAGCCGUCGCGCUGUCUUUGUGGGGAACUGCUAUGCGGUGCGCCCCGAGCAUGUAGUGCUGCGGUUCCCCAAUGUGCGGGCCUUGACAGUGAAGGGGAAACCGCACUUUGCGGACUUCAACCUCGUGCCGCCUGAUUGGGGUGGCUAUGCAGGGCCGUGGAUUGAGGCGGCAGCCAGGGGCUGCGUGGGUCUUGAGGAGCUGCGGAUGAAGCGAAUGGUGGUGUCAGAUGAGAGCCUUGAGCUGCUAGCUCGGUCCUUCCCGAGAUUCAAGGUCCUUGUCCUUAUUAGCUGUGAGGGGUUUAGCACUGAUGGGCUAGCAGCUAUUGCGAGUCACUGCAAGCUCCUGAGGGAGUUAGAUUUGCAGGAAAAUGACGUGGAGGACCGUGGGCCUAGGUGGCUCUCCUGCUUCCCUGAUUCUUGCACUUCACUUGUUUCCUUGAAUUUUGCCUGCAUCAAAGGGGAGGUGAAUUCUGGUUCAUUGGAGAGACUUGUUGCUAGGUCUCCGAACUUACGCAGCUUGAGGUUGAAUCGAUCUGUAUCAGUAGAUACACUGUCAAAGAUAUUAGUACGCACCCCUAAUUUGCAGGACUUGGGGACAGGGAAUUUGACGGAUGAGUUCCAAAUUGAAUCAUACUUCAGGCUGACUAAUGCUCUGGAGAAAUGCAAAAUGUUGAGGAGUUUAUCAGGAUUUUGGGAUGCUUCUCCUGUUUGUGUUCCGUUUAUCUAUCCCCUCUGUCAUCAACUAACGGGACUAAACCUGAGCUAUACUCCCACACUGGAUGCUUCUGAUCUCACUAAAAUGAUCAGCCGCUGUGCGAAACUCCAGCGUCUUUGGGUCCUGGAUUGCAUCUCGGAUAAGGGUUUGCAAGUGGUGGCUUCCAGUUGCAAAGAUCUACAAGAACUCAGGGUGUUCCCAUCAGAUUUUUAUGUUGCUGGUUAUUCUGCGGUGACAGAAACGGGACUUGUUGCAAUAUCGUCAGGCUGCCCAAAACUGAGCUCUUUGCUGUAUUUCUGUCACCAGAUGACCAAUGAUGCACUAAUUACUAUAUCUAAGAACUGUCCAAAUUUCAUACGAUUUAGACUCUGUAUUCUUGAGCCAAAGAAGCCAGACGCCAUGACAAACCAGCCAUUAGAUGAAGGCUUUGGUGCAAUUGUUCGUGAAAGCAAGGGGUUAAGACGACUGUCUAUAUCGGGUCUUCUCACUGACAAGGUUUUCAUGUAUAUUGGAAAGUAUGCAAAACACCUUGAGAUGCUUUCUAUAGCAUUUGCUGGAGAUAGUGAUAAGGGGAUGAUGCAUGUUAUGAACGGAUGCAAGAAUCUAAGGAAGUUGGAGAUUAGAGACAGUCCAUUUGGUGAUGUUGCACUCUUGGGGAAUGUUGCCAAUUAUGAGACAAUGCGAUCCCUUUGGAUGUCAUCAUGCAAUGUCACAUUGAAGGGGUGCCAAGUCCUUGCGUCGAAGAUGCCGAUGCUCAAUGUGGAGAUCAUGAAUGAGCUAGAUGGAAGCAGUGAAAUGGAGGAAAACCAUGGAGAUCUCUCUAAUCUCUCUAAAGUGGAGAAGUUAUAUGUUUACCGCACAACUGCUGGAGCGAGGGAUGAUGCACCAAAUUUUGUUAAAAUCCUAUAGGCUAGCUGACAGUAGCCUGGUAUCUUUUCACUCUAAAAGAUGGACGGCAACAGUGGUAAGUUCUUGAGGUGUCAGCUCCCCCUUUGCAGGGGUCAGGAAAAGCCACACCGGUGUGUCCUUAUCUUGGAGCAACUUGGCCAGGAUCCAUCAUAAUUCCCUGUAC